AUGUUGGCACAAGUUUACAAGCAUGGCUCCAGUGUUGAAUUCUUCAUGUUAGAUCAGGAGACGGCUGCGAGGGUGCAGGUGGCCUCACGCGUCACCACGCUUCGCUGUGAAUACUCCGACUUGGCGGCGAAGCUGAUGAACAAGGAGGCUUUGGCAGCCUUUGCUCAGCCGGACGUCUUGCUGGGGUGUGACGUCCUCCUUUCGCAGGGGAAUGUGGAAGACUUGGCAAACGUCUUGCAGAUCCUGCUGCGCAAUCCAAACCAGGACCGCAUUCUGCCCGCAUUGUUGAAAAGGUCAGUGCAACCCCUGCUGUGCGCUUUGCACAUGCUCCGAGGUGGCGUAUUUCAUUGA